UCAGCCAUCAGUCUGCUGCUGUACCGGGGGAAGGCUCUCCUGCACCGGGCCGGACCUCACCAUCGUACCCUGCCUCUCUGGAGCCUUUUUCGGCCAGACAUGUUUUGUGUGCAGCAGUAACGUGGAGGAGACGGGGGGAGAUUUCUGUGCUACUGUUUGGUCCUCAAGGGGAGGAGCCAGUUGUUGAUUCUACGCUGCAAAGAGAAGGAGUCGCACAGAGAGGGCAAAGGACUGCUCGCAGUGAACAGGAGGCCUAAAACGAUGAAGGACAGUCGGCCAGUGCAGGACUAGCCCAAACCGAGGGAUCUGCAGUGGAGGUGGAGGAGGAAGAGGAGGGGGAAGACCAUAGAGAGACAAAGUAAAUCACAUGACCAGGCCCUGGGAAAGGCUCCAAAUUAGUGAUGUUCCCCUCGGGCAGGGAUUACCUCCUCCCCGUCGUCUACCUCUCCAUCGCUCCGGCUCUUCCUCCCUCGCUCAGCACUGCAGCCGUCCAGCUCCAAGACUCUGAGCCGUGAGAGCUCGCUGUGCUCACCCACCCACACACAAACACCAACUCACACACUCUCUCACACGCACGCGCACACACACACACACUUUUGCAUCCUGCUCAUGGUCGUUGGCCUGUCCUCAGCUGCUGCUCCUGCUCUAGUCCGUGACCAUGAAGAGGCCCAAGCAGCAGACGGGGCCGCUGAGCUUCCUGAACUUCUUCAGCAGGAAGCCCAAAUCAGAGCCGAGGCCCGAGCGGCCGCUGGAAGCCUGGCCCAGAGAGGAGGUGGCCAUCACCCUGACCCCCAGCGAGCACCCCGAGCAGCUGUGUUACUGUUCACAGGACCUCACAGCAGAAGAGGCUGGAGGAGAAAGAGGAGAAGGCGGGGGUCCUCCAGCAGCGGCGCGGGCGGCAGCGGAGGCCGGUGCCGCCACAGCUGAGUGCGUGGGCGGGGUCAGCAGCGGCUCCACUGGCGUCUUGUCCCUCUCCUCCUCCAGCCAGGAGCAGCUAUUGGACGAGCACCUGGAGGAAUGCCCACUGUGCCUGCUCAGUCAGCCGCGCUGCCACUUCCCACGACUCACCUCCUGCUCCCACCGAACAUGCUCCGACUGCCUCCGCCAGUACUUGCGCAUCGAGAUAUCGGAGAGCCGGGUGGGCAUCGCCUGCCCGCAGUGCCCCGAGACCCUGGCACCGCUGGAUGUCCAGUCCAUCCUGGACGACCAGGCGCUGCUGGAUCGCUUUGAGGAGUACCAGUUGAGGCGUUUCCUGGCUGCUGAUCCAGAUACACGCUGGUGCCCUGCGCCUGACUGCAGCUAUGCAGUGAUAGCUUACGGCUGUGCAGAGUGUCCCAAGCUGAGCUGUGGCCGUGAGGGUUGCGACACCGAGUUCUGCUACCACUGCCGGCAGCUGUGGCACCCCAACCAGACAUGUGACCAGGCCCGGCGGCAGCGAGCACGCCACACCUCCGGCGGCAACGAUUCCUCCACGCUGUACGUCUUCAAUGAAGAACCUGGAGCUGAUGCAGAGGAGAUCAAAGCGUGCCCUCGCUGCGGUGCCUACAUCAUGAAGACAAACGACGGCAGCUGUAACCGUAUGAACUGCACUGUGUGUGCCUGUCAGUUCUGCUGGCUGUGUAUGCAGGAGAUCACCGACGUGCACUACCUCAGUCCUUCUGGAUGUACAUUCUGGGGGAAGAAGCCAUGGUCUCAAACCCGCAAGGUUUUGUGGCAGGUGGGCAUGUUGCUCGGAGCACCGGUGGUCAUCUCCCUUAUAGCGGGCUUAGCCAUCCCAGUCAUCAUUGUGGGCAUACCAAUCUACAUGGGCCGCAAGGUCCACGGUCGCUGUAAGAAAAACAAUAUCUCAGGAAGUAAGCACUACUUGACUGUGGCAAGUGGGGUGAUGAUGUCCGUGUUUGUGUCGCCGGUCAUAGCAGCUGUCACUGUGGGUGUGGGUGUGCCACUGAUGCUGACGUAUGUCUAUGGGGUCGUCCCAAUGUCGCUCUGUAGGAACGGCUGGUGUCGACCCCAGAAUGAGCCCCUUGAAACACACAAAAUCCAACUGGAGGACUUAGCCAGCUAUCUUCUAUUCUCUCAUGUAGUCAGUGACCACUGGCCGGGUCAGAAGAACCCAACGCUCAGUGACACCAGCGUCCAGGAAGUCAGAGUCAGUGUACAGGAAGUGGGCGUCCUCCCUAGUACAAGUACCACGCCCCCGGAGCUAGAUAGUUAUGAGGAAUUGGAUGAAGCCACAAAACACCACGGAUACUCCCAGCAGGACAGCCAAUCGGACUGCGAGGUGGUUAUUGUGCCUGACAGCAAGCUCGAUGACACACAUGCUCCUUCUUUUAGGGAAGGAACCAAUUUUGAAGUGCGUGUGGAAAUUGAGACCCAACCCAGAGGCGCCCGCCAGUCCAGCCUCAGUAGCAUUCUGUCUAGCCGAAGCUUGUCGGUGGAGUCCCUGGGACACGCGCAGUCCCAGUCCCAAGGCUACCUGUGUGCCUCAGAACUGGAAGAAAGACGAGAGGGGGGAGGAGGAGAAAGCGAGGAGCAGGAGGGAAGAGAGAAACCAGGAGGGGAGGCAGGAGACGAAGGGACAGUUUUUCCAGUCUUUGAAAUAGACGGUGUAUGAGGUCGUCCAAUGCAGGCAUUGUACUUGGUUAAAGAUAAGUCAGGUGGUAUGGAAAGAAAUCCAUUAGCUGACGUGCCAUUGGAUUGACCUGAAAACCGCCAAGGCCACCUCCUGCUUCUAAGACCGGCCCCUCCCACCAGUUGCCUUCUAGCUCCAGCCUCUAAGGAAGACGCGGGUUUAGAGACAGCAAAUGAGAAAGUGUGUGAGUGUGUGAAUGAGACAAAUAGCAUGAGACUAUGAAAUAAAAAUUGGAGGGGGGAUAGACUGAAAAUCAGACAGGAUAGCAUCCAUCAAUGAAUCUAAAACAGAAGUGACUGAGAGCAUGUUAGCUGACUAGCUCAGCCUGGAUUUUUUCUAUGUUGUCCUCUCUAAAGGACUACCUUACACCCCCUCUACCAUAAAUCUAUUUCAUGCGGCCCUCUCUUUGUCUGGCUGUGCUCUUACACUUCUUUAGUGACCUCACCACCCUCUUCCCUCUCACUUUACAAAUAAAGAGACCCCUACAAGCAUGAUUUGUUUUAUGGGAGAUACAGAAUCCGUUGUGUCAGCAAGUACAUAUCACAUGAAUCUCAAGCCAAGUUAUAAGACAGGAGGGGGGAUUUUUUUUCUGCCUUAAGGAAUAUCUCCGGUCUUUUUAGAUGCAGUGCUCACACCUGAAUUGGACAACCUUAAACGGAUGAUGCAUGCUGCACUGUUCGACAACUCUUUUGUGAACCAGAUGAAAAAUGACAUCUGAAAACUGUUGAAGCCUGUAACAUUUCUCUAUUGGAGUGAAGGGUGCUCCGUGACAUGGAAGUAUUUGAAAUGACUGGAUGGCUUAUAAGUAUGGUUAAUUAUAACUAAUAAUCUCAAAUUCACAGUCUUCCAUGGAAGCAGACGGGAGGCAAUGUCACUUUUGCAUCAUUUUAGUGCAGCUUUUAGCCUUUAAGAGGCUAUUUCCUUUCAAACUGGAGAGGGGGACAUUGCUUUAGUUUGUAAAAAUGUUCACUCUAAUGCAGAUACUCGCCUGCAUUAGUGACAAAAACAUGGCAGCAACACUGAAGUCUUUUUCUGAAGAGCCUUACAUUUCAAAGUAGCUGCAUGAUUCUACUACUUGCUGUGUAUACAGGAUAGCACAUGAACACACACACACACACACACACACACACACACACACACACACACACACACACACACACACACAGCAGUCAGUGUAGUUGCAGUAGUGUGCGCUGCUGAGAGCAUUAAAUAUAAACUAAAGACCCUCUCAAAUGAUCACCGAGCACCAAAAUGACAACAGCAGCAUGCCACCUCAGGCUAAACUCUAAUAACCCCUACUAGAAGAUGUAUGAGAAAUACAUGAUCAUACAUGCUCUGCUUAGCUUCCUGAGUGUGAAAUACUUGUGAGAGAUGAUCUCGGACAUUACAUGAUAACCUGUGCUGGGUUGUUGAGAGAAAUGAAAUAAAGAUUUCACCAUGAAGGACAAAAACUAAA